AUGGCCUUUGCAGCUGCCCUGGCCAAGCUCCAGGAGGAGGCCAGCUGUUCCAUCUGCCUGGAUUACCUGGGAGACCCAUUGACCACUGAGUGUGGACACAACUUCUGUUCCUCCUGCAUCUACCAGCGCUGGGACCUUCUACAGGGCACCUUUCCCUGUCCUGUCUGCCUCCACCACUGCCCUGACAGGAGCUUGAAGAGGAACACCCAAUUAUGUCACAUGACUGAGAUUGUUCAGCAGAUUCCACGCAUAAGGGGAAAGAGUAAAAGGCAAGAGGAACCCCUGUGUAAGAAGCACUGUGAGGGUCUGGCCCUGUUUUGUGAGAAGGACCUGCAGCUUUUGUGUGCCCAGUGCAGUGUCUCCUCUGAUCAUGGGGAUCACCCCCUGAUGCCCGUUGAAGAAGCUGCAGCUACUCACAGGAGGAAGCUCAAGAGCUAUAUCGAGUCCUUUAGCGAGCAGAUUAAAGAUACUGAAAAUCGGUCAGAAAUGCAAGUGUCAAAAUGUUUUGAAGUGAGAGAGAGGAUAGAAAAUGAAAAGGAUGAAUUGGACUCUGAAGUUAAACAACUUAAAAAUUUUUUGGAAAAGGAACAGAGUGCAAUGCUUAUCAGUUCGCUAAAUGAAACAACAGAUGUUGAAGAAAAAUUAAUGGAUGAGAAAAACCAAAUAUCAAACUACAGCACCGUAUUAAACAGUCUGCUUGGAGAUAUUAUCAGUAAGUGUUUGCAGACAGACAUGGAUUUACUCACUGGUAUUGAAAGUAUCCACAUCAGGUAUGAUAACCUAGAGCCCCCGGCCACCUUUUUAUAUGAAUUAAAGGAGGAGAGUUGCUCUCUCCCCCCACAUUAUUUGGGCCUGCAUAAAAUGAUCCACACAUUUCAGGUAGAUUUGACACUGGAUCCUGAAACAGCCCAUCCAUGUCUCAUUAUCUCAAGAGAUAGAAAAAGUGUGACCUAUAGGACAGCAUUUGGUCUUCAUAAUCUUCACGGACGCACUUCUUACCCAGCUGUCCUGAGUUCUGAGGGAUUUGAUGCUGGCAGGCAUUUUUGGCAGGUAGAAGUGAGAGGCACAGGGGCAUGGUCCUUAGGCGUGUGUAAGGAAUCUUUCCCCAGGAAUCCUCCUAUGCCACCAUUCCCAAGAAAUGGCUGCUGGCAGUUUCAUCUCUGGGCAAAUACAUCUGUCACAUGGGAUUCAGGCAACUGGGAACGGAUAGGCAUUUUUCUGGACUAUGAGUUGGGAGAAGUUUCAUUUUAUAAUUUGAGAAAUAGAUCACAUUUGCAUACUUUCAGUGAAAGGUUUACAGAAAAACUGAUUCCCUAUUUCUGCAUAGGACUUUUUACAAAAUCACUUGAAAUGCAUGUAGUCAAAGAUGAAAGAUGA